UUGGAACUGACUAGUGACAACGAAUCGGAAACUGAAGUGAAAGAUAAAUACUGUGGUUCAAUAUGAAGAUUAUUUUGAUAACAUUCGCUGUGUUUUUGUGUGGCAACAUCCAUGCAUCGCAGGCCACAGAUUUUGAUGACUUUUUCAAAGGAUUUUUUAAUACGCCCAGUGUUAACAUCUUCGAAUCUGCAUGUAAUGCCAAAGCGCACGUAUGCGCCCAAACGGGAGGAAAAUUGUCAAUGGAAAGUGUUCAAUCUAAUUCUGAUGAUAAUUACAAAAUAACUAUGCUGGAUUCAAACACUCUUGAAGUGGUCGACAGAAAUAGUGGGCAAAGAUGGCAAGUGACCCCAACACAAAAUCCACUCAACCCAUCUGGUAAAGCCCUCAAUGUAAGAGAAUAUACAAAGGGAACCUUUAAAUUAGACGCAAUAGCCACGAAAAACUUGCCCAUUCUCACUUACUACGCCGGAUUUGAUACCACCGAUGGUGAUGUGUCCUAUAACCUGUGGACUUCUAUCUAAAUAAUCGAUGUUCGUAUGAGCUAGUGCAUUUUAUUCGGAGUGGUUUAUACGAUUCCAGUGUGAUUGAAUUCACUAUCAAAUGCACUAGCAAUAUAAGAACCAAUCCCCAUGUAUUGAAUAAAUAAUUCAAAACAAAUCAAAACCGCAUUUUAUUUCCUCACUUUUAAUUGGAAUAAUUAUCGGUACGACCCAAAGAUCGUCUCAUUAGAUUCUAAAAAUUAAUUUUCUGGUGAUUUUAAAAUGAAGAGAUAUUAAAAAGAUGACAGUGCAAACUCUUUUCCAUGUAAAAUAACAAAUUCUGAUAAGCGAAAUUUGGAUUAAUCCACACAGAGGUUGUCUUAAAAUUCUUGAUUGCUUAAACCCAACAAAAAAAGUUCAAA